CACUCAACUACGCAAUUGAACCUCGUUAAUUUCAGUCAGAGACGAAAUGUCUUUCAUUUUUCGUCUCCUCGACCAGUCCGGACCAGUUCCACGUGCACAAAUUGCAUGCCAUCUGCUAAACUUUAAUCUUUAAUUCUUUUUACCCAUUUUACCACCUAAAUUAAAAGCAUAACACGAAUGAAUUUUAAAUAAAAGCUUAAUUAAAAUGUGCGACGGUAAACUAUUCCUCUCAAAAUAUUUGAGUUCCAGUUCUACUCUAAUUCUCGACAAGAUUGGGAAUGAAGGAGUUACCAAAUUUACGAAUUUACAUGCACUGCAAAGCAUCAAAAGAGAAAACUUUAGUGAAGAAUUUUGCACAUUGUUUAAUAUUUCUGGACAAAAGUAUACAAUCGGCAAAAGAUUUACAAGACGCCAAAAAAAGAAUGAAUUUAUAUUUUGCCUUUACUCCGAAGUUGGGGAAGGGUCUCACUGCGAAAUUUCCGUCGAAAGAGAUGGUUCUUAUUGGAUAACACCUUUGGAAGGGAACGCCACGAGUGUAAAUGGGGACGAAAUCUAUGAAAAAACGCAACUCAAUCACGGCGACUAUUUGUCACUGGGAAUAAAUUGCAGCGUGGAAGACGACAUGGUUUCUUACAUAGAAAUAUAUAAUCAAAAGUGGGGUGGGGUUCCGAUUUUUCUCUUUGAGCAAUCGAAAACUUUAAAAAUUAGCACUGUCAAUUCAAGUAGAACUGUGCCAAACUCGCAACCCACCAACAAUAGUAGCGAAUCAUCAAUUGGAUAUAAUCGGAACAUUGUCUACACCAUUUUGCGCUAUGUUAACCUCCAGAAAUUAAAAACUUUGCGACUCGUUUCCUCUCUCUGGAAUUCAGAAGCGUUGUCUCACAUAAAAGCUCGAUCCAUCAUAACCUUUGAUUUUGACUCGUAUCGUGACGCCAAGGAAUCCAUGCGCUUCUUCCAAUAUCAUCAUGAAAUGAGAACCUUUUCACAUCCCUCGUGGUACAUCAGACUACCUCUGCUCUCCAAUCUGAAGGACCCCACGGUUAGAAAUAUACUGUCGAAAUUUCGACAUGAUUUUUCAGUCUUGCUAAAUCCCAAGAAAAAUUCGCACAAUGUCAAAUCGCUGAGAAUGAAUGGUGCCAUUUGCUCGAAACAAGACCUUGCUUUACGAACCAGAUUGCUCCAUGGCGUCGCUCAGACGUUGGAGCAUCUCGAAAUGCUGGGUGAUUGGGGGUGUGCAACAUUGGGGUUUCCGAAUAUUAAUUUUACAAAGUUAAAAAGUGUCACGAUCGCAUUUGAAAUAUUACAAAUGGACAAUGAUAAGCACAUUGCAAACCCAGUUACUCAAGCAAAUGACCAGAAUAAGGGAUGGUGUGCUGCAUUUUUGAAGAUAUUGGGUCCUACGAGUAUUAAAUCGAUGGGAUUCGCCACGUCAAAAAUGUUGACGCUUCUUUUUCUGGAUGAACUGUCAAAAUUAGUUGAGAGCGAUCCCUCCGGGUUUACAAAUUUGAGAGAAAUUAUGGUCUUACAUUCGACCCCGGAAGUGUUGCGCUGUUGUCUCAUCCUGCCUCAACCAUUAACGAAAUUAGAACUGAAUUGGUUGUACACUAAAACCUCUGGGGACGAUAAUUGGAUGGGGGUUUUCCAGGAUUUCGAACAAUUGAUAGCAAAACAUGCAGAGACGUUAGUUCAUCUUCGCGUGAUUCUGCCCAUGCUGCUUUUCCCGAGUGAAAUCCAGCUUCCGAUUUUGCCCAGACUGAAACAUUUGACAAUUUUGUGCGAAGGGGACUCUGGAAGGACACUGAAAGAUCGAUACUAUAAAAAGACUUUUUGUCCGAGAGUGUAUUUCAGGGAGGGGUGUUGCUGUAAGGGUGGCGCGGAUAAGUGUUAUGACCUUUAUGAGAAGUAUUUACCAUCCUUGCAAUACUUGAGAUUGGACAUUAAGCAUCACUUCAAAAUUGCAUAUAGUCGAGAUGAAGAGAUAACAAAGUGUCAAAACCUGUUUGAAACAUUCCUGCUUCAAAAGGAGAGAAAAAUUGGGACAAUUUCUACAUGCAGACAGUUACGAGAGUUACACGUGCCAUAUGAUGAGCUUGAAAAUAUUUUGGGAAUAACAAGGUCUGAUUUGGAAAUUUGGAGAUUUCCUAACAUAUGCAACAAGGGAAGAACUUCUUGAAAUUUAUCAUUAUGGAAACAUAUGUACGCUAUGGUUUAAUAAGCGAAAUAUAAAUACCAGCAUGUAUCACACGUGUAGACAUAUUUAUGUAGAUAUGUCUGCAAUGUCUACAUACAUACAUACACACAUACAUACAUACGUACAUAUCUAUGCAUGUAUGUAUAUUUAAUAAA